UUGAUCAUGCAUCACGUCUAGUUUAAGUAACUUAUCGCAAAACAGCGCCAAUAAAACUUGCAAUUUAAACCGCAAGUAUCGUUUUCUAUCAUUUUAUCAGAGGUCAGGUAUCCAGAGGGUUAAAUUUUGAAUUUACAAUAGUGUGUAGACAUCUACUGGAGAUGUCGCUGUCCGGCCAAUCGUGUGCGACCGAGACCAAGCCACCUUCCUCCGCCUUGUUUUCCUGUCGAGCCCUAAGGAAUAGCAACGCAAACAGCCGUACAAUCAUUAACAAAAGAUAAAACCCAAAUCCCGGAUCGCGGUGCUGGGAAGCGCAGCUGGAGCGCCUGGCGUGUGGUCUCAAGUACAGGCUUCCCCAAAGAACUGGCCAGCAUGGAUUGAGUGAGAUUGCCUCCUGAAGACUGGCAUAUAUGUGAAGGUGCCAUUUACCUUCAGAUAUGGAAUGUGGUUCCUACGUGGGAAUUAUGGGAAGAGAUCUGAUGCACCUGUGUGACUGACACGUAUGCCGGACUGAUUCCUGCAACAUGAAUCCGGGAAGUCAACACCAAGAUGUUUUCAUUUCGUUUGUGGAGAGCGGCUGGAAGAAGCACAGCAAAGCACCUCCCCAUUCACUGGAACUGAAGUUUAAAACUUCAGACAAACAUUACUGUGACAAAUGUCGCUUUUCAUCUAGAGAUGGUGUGCAGUUCCAGAAGCAUAUGUCCCAACACGCAGAAAUGACUUUUUCCUGUUCUUACUGCAGCCACGUUUCCUACACGAAAGGUGAAUCUCAGCGUCAUCUCGUCCAGCACACGGGCAUCUUUCCCUUUAAGUGCCAAUUCUGUGAGUAUGGAGCGAUAAGGAAUGACUACAUAGUUAAACAUACGGAGAGGGUUCACAGCAUCAUGGUAGAAAGGGCACGCAAAGUGAAAAGGAAACAAUUCACUGUAAAAAAUGGUCCUCGGGUCCCAUCAGCAUUGCACUCUUCUGUGACACGUACGCCGGGGACCACAGUGGCUAGUGUGCCACCUACUGGUACAGAUGGUAAUUCUAAUAAGGUGAUUACUAAGGAAAAGCUGGACAGUGCUAACAGUUUAGCUAAAGUACAGGUGGAGCUCUUAGCACCUCUGAAUGAACCCAUUCAACCAGACCGGCCUCUCACUGUCACUUACCCUCCAGAGCUGUCCAUCCCACCUGGUUGCUUUCUUGAACUUGUGGAAGUGAAAACUGUGAAUGGGACUAAGGAACUGGAGCUUAAGUUAGUCUCACAGCAGUCUAUCGAAGGAGAAAGACCAGAGAAAAGUCUGGCAGGUCGAACUGGAGAAUGUAUGGGAGAAAAUGAAAAUGUUAAUAUGGCUAAAGCAUCCUACAACUGCAAUCUUAUUUCGCAGUGUGAGAAAACCGUGGUCUCCAGCCCAUCUGUGUCAAAACAGGACAUGCAGCAGCAUAGCAACUUCUCACUGAUUAAGAACUUAUUAGCUGCACCACCUGCUGGUGACCUGAAAUUGAGGCAAAACUCAAAGGAGACACUAAUGACAUUGAAAGAGGAGCCUGAAGAAUGCGAAAUUGAGCUUGGAGACAAAAUUCAGCUUGGAGCCCCAACCAACAAAGGCCAAAUGGUAAUGGGUGAAAGGCAAGAACAGGGCAAGAAGCUGCUUAUCAAUCUCAAGGACUCUUUUGUGGCGUCACAGACUAGAGUUACUCCUGAGUGUGUCAGCCAGCAAGAGUCCAGUUCUAAAAGACCCUUAGAGGUAUCUCUGGUCAAAGAACUUGUUUCUUCUUCAUGUGAGAAACACACAAAGACUGGUUCCGCACAGAUCCAAACAGCGAACAGUAACAGCUGUCCCUUAAAGGCUCCGACCAUUUUGAAAUGUGAAAAUUGUCCCGUUGAUUCAAUGCCUGUUAUUAGGCCCAGUGCUGAGACGCCUGAUGGAGAUGUGCAUGCUGGUGACCUGCAAUCUGGGGAAUUGCCCAUUAUUUCAUCAGUGUUUUCCCUGCACCGGGGGCCCAAGGAUAUUCCUGCAUGUGUUGGCUGGGAAGCCACCAGGAAACGACAGCUUCAGUCGGUUCCAGUGCCACCUUCUUUGGAAGGCCAGAGUGCUGCUGGGACUGAGCCCCCUGCUGUACAAGAACCAGGGAUUACAGUGACUUCAAGUGCCAGCACAGUGUUAGUUCCUAGUUUUAGUGUUAGUACCAGUACUAGCAGCGCACAAGAAUGUACUAAAUAUGAUCCUGAAAUAGACUCCCAAAAAAACGGAACUCCUGAGAUUUCACAAAUCCCCCUGCCAGAAAAUCAGUCAUCGAGCCAAAAGGUUGCAGUGUUGGAACAGAGCAAAAACCAUCUUAACAAAAUUCCUGCAGAUAUAACUGCUAUAGUCAAUAGCCCUGAAAACCAAAAAAGUGCUGAAGGCUCUCAGCCUACGUUUAUUCCCGAGGGCACCAUGCUUAAAAUCUCAAGCUGCCUGUCGAAGUCCUCAGAGCAUCAGAGCUCUCAUGCCAGAGCUGCUGAGAAUUCUGUCUUCAGUGAGAACUGGGUGCCCAGGACAGUCCUUUCCAGUGACGCCAGCAAGCACAACAUUUCCAGUACAAAUAUGUCCGCUCCGUGCAAAGGGCUCAAGCUCUCAUUGAAGCGGAGGAGAUCUGGUGCGGAGAACGAGGGAAUGGAUGGACACUGGGUUCAGCAGGAUACACAGUAUGGGGAAGAGCAGGGCCACUCGUAUAAACAGUCCAAAGAAAAAAAGAAGAGUAAGAAAGAGAAGAAGUCUUCAAAAUUGAAGGUCUUGUUGGAAAAGUCUGGGACUAGCGAAGGGGACCUGAGCAGACAGUGGUUAAUUCCACUCAAAGAGGAUCAGCUAGUUACAUCCCCAGCCCCAAAUCAACCAGUUGUCAUUCUAAACCACCCCAGACCCCGUGCGUCGACCGUCCACCCAAGGGUGAUCCCCAAGCAUGUGUGGAACACCGAUCGAGAUGUGCCUUUUGAUACAGUAGAGAGCUUGUUAAAAAUGAAGCUAAAGAAAGUGAAUCGAAAUAAAUACCAGGUGGUGGGAUUUGUUUAUAGGGACCCGACAAGGAUGAUAAUAUGCUAGCAUUGUGAAACUGACUGGUAUAGCUAUAACUGCUGGAAUGUUAACGCUACUAACACUAAAACUGUGUUAAGUCAUUUAAAAAAAAAAGUGAGCUACUGUAUUAACUAGGGAUGCUCAUUUCGAUUAAUUUUCCCAACCGACAACCGCCGUUCGUUAACCGAACAUUAACCGUUAACUGAUUAGAUUAGAAUAU